AUGCAUUAUCCCAAAGAAUUCAAAGUGAGCAUCUCUAAGGCUGUUAUUAAGAAGAAAUAUGGCCAAGAUGCUACCAAUAUCGGUGAUGAGGGUGGCUUCGCUACUAACAUUCAGGAGAGCAAAGAAGGUCUUGAAUUGCUCAAGACAGCCGUUGCUAAAUUGGGUUAUGCAGGAAAGGUCAUCAUUGGAAUGGAUGUUGCUGCAUCAGAAUUUUAUGGAUCGGACAAGACUUAUGAUUUGAACUUCAAAGAAGAGGCAAGUCCUCCUAUCUGUUGCUGCUCUAACAACGAUGGCUCGCAAAAAAUUUCAGAUCAAGAUGACUGGGAGCACUUCGCCAAGCUAACUGGUGAAAUUGGAGCUCAAGUACAGAUUGUCGGAGAUGAUCUCUUGGUCACCGAUCCCAAGGUCAACCAAAUCGGAUCUGUGACUGAAAGUAUUGAAGCUGUAAAAAUGUCAAAGAAGGCUGUGAUGGCCAGUCACCGCAGUGGAGAGACUGAAGACACUUAUUGCUGA